AUUAUCGCUGCCGCGAAGCGUCACAGACAGGUCCAUCCCGGAAGGUAUAAAAGAAUGUAAUUACCAAGUAGUUUCAGGGGGUAGAAAGGCAGCCCAGCCCACGAAACCCUAUCUACGGCCCAUUAACCACCCCCCGCCCUCUCGCCGUCUAUUUAUUCCCUUCGCCGACGCUUCCUCCGUCCGUCCUUCCGGUUUUAUUUAUCUCCCACCUUUCCUCUCCGACGACGCAUUCAUUCAUCGCUUUUCUGUGAAGCGGAACAAAUUCCCGGAGGAUUCCAUUCGUAGACGGGCGGCUGUGAUCACGAGCUUCCAUUACGGGCGCGGAAUCAUCGGUGAUCGGCUUCUUCGCGGGAUUCGGUUCCAUCUACAUACUACUACUACUACAAAGGGUGUCUGAGGUCGUUGCGACUGGAGGAAGCGGGGAGCCAUGGGGGCGGGGGUCUCGAGCUUUUUAUUCGGCGUUGGCGGCCCGGCGGCGGAGGCUGCGCCGGGUGCUGCGGGCCUGGGCGACCUGCCGGAGCUCUGCGCCGCGCAGGUGCUGCUCCGGCUCGACGCGCCGGAGAUCUGCCGCCUCGCGCGGCUCAACCACGCGUUCCGCGGCGCCGCGGGGGCAGACUUCGUGUGGGAGGCCAAGCUGCCGGAGAACUACCGCCACCUCAUCGGGUACGUCGAGGGCGGGGGCGAGGAGGGCAGGCGCCGGCGCCGCCGGGCCGGCACCAAGGAGAUCUACGCCAGGCUCUCCAGGCCCGUCUCUUUCGACGACGGCACCAAGGAAUUUUGGCUAGAGAAGAGCAAAGGUAGGGUUUGUAUGGCGCUAUCCUCCAAAGCUCUGGUCAUAACUGGCAUCGAUGACAGGAGAUAUUGGACGCACAUGCCGACCACAGAAUCAAGGUUCCAGUCCGUGGCAUACCUUCAGCAAAUCUGGUGGUUUGAAGUGGUUGGAGAGCUUGAUUUCUGCUUCCCUGUGGGAACCUACAGUUUGUACUUCAGGGUUCAUCUCGGGAAGUUCAGCAAGCGGUUUGGACGCCGUGUUUGUAGCACUGAGCACGUCCAUGGUUGGAACAAGAAGCCGGUGCGCUUCCAGCUCUCCACCUCGGACGGCCAGAAUGCAUUAUCUCAAUGCUACCUGGACGAGCCCGGGAGUUGGGUUCUGUACCAUGCAGGCGAUUUUGUUUCCUCGAAGCCAGGCCAAUCACUUAAGCUGAAGUUCUCCAUGGCGCAGAUCGACUGCACGCACACGAAAGGUGGCCUGUGUGUCGACUCGGUGCUCGUGUACCCCAAGGGCUUUCAGCAGGAGAAGGUGGUGACCGGCAAGAUCUCGGAGAUGAGAUCGUAGUUGUAGUGGUGGUGGCGCUUGCACCGCUAGAGUUGUAGAGAAAAUGCAGCUUGCAGCCCAAUCCUAUUAUCAAGUUGGGCUCUAGUAUGCAACGGAUGAAACUGUCUGUGUAAAGAACUGUAGACUCAGGGUCUGUGUGGUGAGGUACGUCAGUCAGAGUGGUUUGUGUGUCGUCCAGUCUUCCCAUGGGUAAUUUUUUUCUCUCCCUGGUGCUAAAUGAGACUUUGAAGCUACGGAUGCAACGGUUGUACUGAAACGAGAUCAGAGGUUUCGUUUCCAUGUUCCUGGUUUCUUGUUCCUUGUCAUAAACUUCUGUUUUCUUGCUGCUAUUAGCCUUAGUUAAGAUGACUGGAAGAUCUGUGGUACUUA